AAUAAGCCACCGGAAAGAUUGAGACCACAAGUCUAGAAGUAAGAGGAGAAAUGUGGUAUUAGUGGCCCAACAGACUACGUGUCUGCAUGCCAUUCUCUAGCGCACUAUGUCCGCCCUGAGUUUCUCCCCUGUGGCGCUCCGCCCACCGGAGUUGUCCUCAAACCACCGAAGCUCUGCCGUUUCUCUCCCCAGAAGGAGAGCCCUUUCGGUUUCUUUCGCCAGCGUUUCGCCGGAAACCUCCACUGCACCUCCGCAAAUACCCGAAAUCCAGCUAGAAUUCCUCGGGCCUAAACCAGGGGAUCCAGUGAACAGAGCCACAGCAAUAAGUGGAGAGAAACUGCUUAGGAACAUAAUGCUGGAUAACAAGAUUGAGCUCUACGCCGCAUACGGUAAGGUAAUGAAUUGUGGAGGGGGCGGAAGCUGUGGAACUUGUAUUGUGGAGAUCAUUGAUGGAAAGGAUCUCUUGAAUGAACGAACAAAUACAGAGCUUCGAUAUCUUAAAAAGAACCCGGAGUCUUGGAGGUUGGCUUGCCAAACUAUAGUUGGAAAUAAAGAAAACUUCGGAAAGGUGGUUGUCCAAAGGUUGCCCCAAUGGAAAAAAUGAUUAGAAACCGGAUAGCGUGCUUAAAAAGGCCGAGAGCUAAUGACUCUGAAGAUGAGACCGACACUAGCCUGAGUUGCAUAAUCGUUGUUAGGAAACUAGGCGAGUACUUCGACCCAGAAGAUUACUACCUACACACCAACAUUCUUGAAUUAUUUAGAAAGAUUUUAGGUUUACGCGUACGGAAGAAAACAAUUCAAGCUUGUUCUUAACGCCUGUGGGAGUCGUAGGACAUGAUAGUUUAGGUUGAAGCUCGCCUUCUUGCUUGAAAGAUGUAUUAAUUAGUCGAUGGUUGGUUGUUUUCGAUGAAUGUAUUGCCACUAUGUGGUUACCCGUUCAAAACUUGUGUAUUGCUUUGCAAUUGUGAUUUGGCUGUCCUAGCACAUGCUGGAUUUUCUGUUGCAAAUUGUAUUUCAUGUCUUACAUCAUUCUACAUACAAAGGACAUGUGUAUAAUGAUGACAUUAUGUAUUUUAUUCAGAAAAAGAUUUUAUA